AAGCCUUGAAGAAAGCGGCUCGAGCCAACACAAACAUGGCGCGGACACACAAAUGCGCAGUGUGUUUUUAUAUGCCUUGCUCAGUGUGUGGAGAUGCUACGUAACUGUAUAAUACAAAUUACAAUUAAAUAAAACGUGAUAUUUCAAUUUGAUCUCAACCUUCAUUCUUGCUUCAUUCUUCAAAGUUGGAUUGCAAGGCGUCCCAAAUAAGCGCUGUUGGCACAGUGUACUGUGUAGAUUAUGUCUGAACAACAAGACAGAACAAUCUGGUGUGGGAACUUACCUAGAGAGUUGAAGGAUGAACAUCUCUAUGAAUUAUUUCUUCAAGCGGGUCCGCUGGAGCGCGUGCACCGGCCGAAGGACCGCACCACGGGCCAGCCGCGCGAGUUUGCCUUCAUCACAUACGAGGACGAGGAGAGCGUGCCAUACGCCCUGGAGAUCUACCAGGGCACCCAGCUCUACGGACAGACGAUCCGGAUGCAGCCGCGCGGCAGGGUGAAGGAGGCGCCUCAGCUCAGCCGCAGCAACUCUCUGCCAAUGAUGCCGGCACAGAACCACCACCACCAACAGUGGCAGCAGCAGGAGCAGCCCUCCAACGAGGCCAUGAUGCGUCAGAUGGCGGCGCGUCAGAUGAUGAUGAUGGCCACUCAGCAGGCGCAGCAGGUGGCCAUGGCGCAGCGGUUUCCGCAGUUCGGUAACGGACCGUGGCAGCAGCCGCCGGGGCCGUGGCAGCAGCAGCCGGGACCCUGGCGGCAGCCGCCUCCGUUUCCUCCUAACUUCAAUAACUUUGGUCCGUACGGCGGCGGUGGUGGAGGUGGUCGCGGUCGCCACCACAGGAGCCAGUCACACCGAUGGUGAUGAUCGGGACUGGGGAGAGAGAAUGGUAGGAAGGGAGCGAGGUCCUUUCUCGUGGAGCUGAAGCGACAUCUGCUCCUAGCGCGCCGUCCGCCGUGCGACCGCAGCGCUAGUGCCGCCUGAGUGAUUCGAUCUCCGCCACGCCGAGCUGAUGGUGGCGCUCGCUGGACUCAGGAGUUUCAGUGGUUGGCGGGUGGGUGUCGUUUUUCCGUUGAUCAGCCAGUGCGGGAGAAGUGUAACCCCACUGACCCGACUGACCUCUCCGACCUGACCUGACUGUGAUUUACGAUGAUAAGCGCUACAGCUCCAUAAUACGGUCAUGUAAAGAUGUUGAUCAGUACCUCAUGAGUCAUAAAAGCGUACCAGUCCAUACAUUUGUCAGUGACCAUGAUGUAUGUUUUGAUAUUGUGCGUUCCGUGUGUCGCAAUGCGUACGUCAUUCAUUCGCGGCAUGCUGUCAUGCUGGAGAGUGCUUGUUCUGUGUGUUUAUAAGAACUUUAUGGCAUGGAACUUGAAUACAUUUCGCAUUUCAUAA